AUGGUGGAAGGGGAGAUUGGGGAGCUGGCUGAGAUGUUUAUGAGGGGACAAAGGCUGCAAGAAAGGUAUUACAAAGUUCUCCUCUCCCUGCAGAUCGAGGAGAUUGUGGAAGGCAUCCUUGAAAGGCUCAACUCUCAGCUGGAGCCCAGCACAAAGGAGGAAACCCUACAGGCCAUAGGCUCACUGGCAGGUAGCAACAUCCACACCGUGGUGCUCAUGCUGCUCAACAAACCCCUGCCUUGGGAGAUAUUUACAGCUAUGUUAGCGACCUCUGAAAGGGACUUGAUGUGGGAUAUCACAGGAAGGAACAUCAAGAAAUUUAUGGAUGCCCUCCAAGUUGCUGGUGAGGUAUCAGCUGAUAAUGUCUUAGAAACUCUCAAGCUAUUAGAAGUCAAAAUCUUAAAUAAUAAAAUGUCAACUGCACUGUGCCAGAAGGUGACAGAUACCAUCAUCACCUACCUGAAGAUGUUGAAGCCACAUGGAGAACUGGAGGAGAUGUGUACAGCAGUCUUAAUGGCUGUGGGGUCCCACUUCCCAGGAAUGAUCAUUGUCAAGCUGUGGGACAGACCUGAUCUGCAGAGCCUGCCCCCAAGGAGCCUCUUGGUGGCAGUGGGGAAACUUAACCUCUACCAGGGUACGAUCACCUACAUUGGUGCUACAUGGAAUUAUAUCCUGCGCUUGCUGAGGAUGGCUGAGGAGGAGGAGGAUAUGUUGGUGAUGUGUCAUGUGCUCAGCAGAUUGGUUGUCAGUGCCCGGAAGCAUCUGGAUAUGGGCUCUAAGGAUGGUGAAGAAAGGGACAUAACCCCUGAGACAGUGUCUAUCAAGGCCUACUGCACCCUUCGGGUUCUGUUCAACCGUUGGCCCCUGAAGAACAUGAAGAAGUGUAUUUGUCAACUCUUGGAUGCUCUGACUCUCAGUGGCUCUGGAGGAGUCAACUUGCUGUCACAGAUAGAAAAUGUUACAGACAUGCUGUUCAAGCUGGUGAGUGAAAAAAUCACCAACACAGAUCCUCAUUCUGUGCAGAACCACAACGUUUCCCUGAGGGCUUUCUCCCUGUUGACCAAGUUGUACAAUGAUCAGAUGGUAUCUUUAAUACGAAAGACCAUGGAAUCCAAGGAUCCAGCCAGGGUUAUGUCAGCCCUUCAGGUCUUCCGGGAUGUAUUCCAUGUUGUGUCCCAGACAGAGAAACUGCAGAGUGAGGUGAUAAAUUCUGUCAUCAUCGUGAUACAGGAGGAUUUCAAGCCAGUGCGUAGAGCCCUCCUGAACUUCAUUGAGACCCUGAGCCAGUAUGACUACUUAACCCUGUCCCAGGGGAACGUUGUCAUUGACUACCUCAUCAAGCUCAGCCAGUCCAACUCCUCAAAUGAAGAGGAUAUUCGAAUAAUGUGCUUCAAAAUCCUACAGAUGGUGUCCUUGCCCAUACUGAUCACCUUGGUGUGUCAUCCCAGCAACAUCUUGGCCUUUGUGACUCUGAGUAAGGCAGCCACAGAGAUAGCUCUGAAGGCACGGACCCUGGGCCAGGUCCCCUACCUCAGCAACUUCCACCUCAUGCCUGACCAGGUCGUCUCCCCUCAGAAACUACUGACCUAUCUUGUGUUGCUCUCCCUGAAGCCUUACAGAGAAAAGGAGUUUGGUGUGAGCUCCUUAAGGCUCUUAUAUGCCUUGCAUCCUAUCACUUCCCUGCAUCCUGUUAUCAACUCAGAUGUGGGCCAGGUUUGGAAGAAGGAGAUACCCCAGAUGUUGCGGAUCCUGGAUGGUCGGUCACUAGUGGCCAUCAAUGAUGAUGACUGGCUGGAAAAACUCGCCAAAACCAUCUUGGAGAAGAUAAAUUACUUUAAUGAUGAUGAGGAGAAGGCUUUCCUAUAUAAAUUCUUUGGCUUCACCCUGCGGACCUCAAGGAAUCUUCAGCUGGUAAAGACCAUGCUCUCAUCCAUCCUGAACAGUGCCCAUGAGGAAUUGCAGGAGAGAGAGGGCAUUGCUGUGGCUCUUGGCAUUGUGUCCUUGGGACAUCUGAAGAUAACUCUGGAUGAGCUGAAGGAAUAUAGUACGACACUCAUGGACCAAGACACAUCAUCCAUCCUCAAAUUGAUGAAGGAAUAUCAGCAAAGGGAGUGGGGGCUGGUCUGCAGCACCAUCUACUUAAGCUAUGGCAAGAUUAUCUCAGAGAGCAAGGGAGCCAUCUUCCAUCAUUUGGAUACUAUCCUGGCCUCAGUCCUACAGCACUACCACAACUGCAUUGUGGAAAAGGAUAACAAUGUGAAGGUGGAUUUCUUGAAUGCUCUAUCCCGUGUGACAGUCAUCCUGAGCAACCUGUCCAUCACCUUGCAACAUGACAUUCCCCAAAAAAUAGAAAUUAUAUCCUUCAUGGUGUGGUUGCAUCUUUGCUUCAUCCUGGAUCUUAGGAAUUUCAAGCCUCUCUUAGAACCAGAAAACACAGUAGAGGUGCUUCAAACAUGCUUCAAGAGUGUGCUCUCCCUGCCAUCCUCCAGCGUCAUACGGAAAGAAGCAUCUAGUCCCAAGGAGGGCCAGGCCAGUGUGGAACUAUUCAGGGAGACCUUGCAAUCUCUUCGAAGAGUAAUGGAAGCACUCGUCACUGAGAAGGCCACUCAGAUCCACAUCUGCUUGCAGGUACUAAACACGUGGCUUAACUCCCUGAAGGACAGUGAACGGGAACGGGCCAUGUGGUGUGCUGCCCGUAUUCUUGGCUUCACUGCGAAAAUGAAUAACUUUGAAGUAGAAAUUCAGUUUACCUGGCUGGGGUGCCUGGUAAGGCUGCUGGCCAUACGUUGUCAGGACCCAGUGGACAACAUCUGCUUCUUGUCUGCCCAGGCUGUCUACAACCUCUACUGUAUCCUCCAGCAGCAAAAGCAGGUGACAAGGAAAAAACAAGGCUUAUGGGAAGAAGAGGACAAAAAUGAGGUCUAUAGUGCCAAUGUAUUCUAUAACAACACCUAUAGAAUUGCCAAGGCAUUUGCAGAGUACUUCACCCAGAUCCAGCUCACCAACCUUGUGCUGACAGCCGUGAAUGACCUAACUGACAGCGAGUCCAAGGUGUCUCUGGCUGCAGCCCAGCUAAUGAGUGCAGUUAUGAAAGAACGGGGAAGAGACAUGCUAAAGAUCGAGGAGAUUGUGGAGUGCAUUCUUGAACGGCUCAACUCUCAGCUGGAGCCCAGCACAAAGGAAGAAACCCUACAGGCCAUGAGCUCACUAGCAGGCAGCAACACCCACACCGUGGUGCCCAUGCUGCUCAACAAACCCCUGCCUUGGGAUAGAACCCAACUGGCCCUGUGGAAGGCAUUUGGCACCCAGCGAGAAACAACAAUAAAUGUUCUGCAGCUGCUUAUGGGCAUCUUGGAGAAGACCUACGCCAGAGAAGAACGGAAGGAGAUGUCCUUCCAGCCUGUGGCGGUAGCAUGUGCCUUGUGUGAGAUGCUCUCAGAGACCAUAUGCCAGGAGGCUGUUCAGGAGCUAUACCCACGACUAUUGCUGUCUGUGCUGUGCCACCUCUACUGGGUGAUUGAGCAACGUUCUCCACAGAAGAUGGUGGUUUACACCAAGGAGGGGUCCCCAGGUGGCAAGAGCAAGCCUUUUGACCCCACUGGUUGUGCCUUGGAGGUAGUCAAAUUGGUGUUCAAGGCGGCUGCGUAUGAUGAAGUGGUAGUCUAUGCCAGUGAACAUCAAUGCUGGGAACUCCUGUCCAGCCCUAAAUCUUACUACAUAGGUAUCAUGGACUUGACAAGUGGCAUCGUGAAGAAUUGUGAACCCUUUAUCCUGCACCGAAUUGUGAGCCAUGUCAGGAACCUACUCUAUAGCUCGGAUGAUCAUCAGAAGGUCAUGGCCAGGACCUUCUAUGUGCAGCUCCUCUGGCACUCGUCAGUAGCAAAGAUAAUAGGGCAAGACUUUGUGGGUGAUCUAAUCAGAUGGAUCAAGGAGCCCAACCUCAUCAUGAAGGAAAUUGGUCUUCGAGGAAUCAGUAACCUGGCACUACACCCAGGAAAUUCAGAGAUACUUCAGAGCCUGGUUCCACUUUUGCGAGACUUACUGAAUAACGAGGUGCGAGUAGCAGUGCAAGCAGUGAAGACCCUGCGGAAUAUCAUCUACCACGGGCAAGGGGAGGACACCAAGGUGGUCUUUUGUAACAUCUCCAGGCAACUGCGUCAGCUCAUCAAUGAUGCCUGUGGCGGGACCCUGACUGAGUGGACUCACGUGCUUGGCUGGUCAUCACUCACAGAGACGUUCCGGCAUACCACACUCAGUGAUCACAUCCAGGUAGUAGGAGAAACUUGCAAAUUCCUGGUUUCUCUUUAUGAACUUUCCGUUGAGUCUGCUGGGGUGGGAGGGGUUGGGAUGAUGGAGUCUGCAGGUUCCGUGGACAAGGGAUUAACAACCAAGAGCAUACACAUGAAUUGCAUACAUGAUGAUGAUGUACAGCUGAUACGGCAUGCUCUUGAAUGUGUGAAGAAUGAUCCCAGAGAUGCUAUCAAGGUGAUAGCCAAUGCUAUCCUGAAAAAAAUAGAUGAAGAUGUGAAGAUCCAGGGUUCCUAUGCUUCCAGGCUGAGCCAAAUCAGCAGUAACUUCCUCAGAGGUUUUGGCAUCAAAACCAGAAAGAGAAAGAAGCACCUGUUUAGGACUGUCAAACGGGAAAUAGAUAUUGAUGAGAAUCAUUAA